CGAUACUGUACUGCUAUGUUUACAUUUGCAAUUGUUUGGUUCUAUGUUUAUACUGCUUAGGUGAAAAUUAGAUGUUAUGUUUUGUGUUUGCUGAUGUGGCAUUCGAGAGGCAUUGAUAAUUAAAAGCAUAUCGCCAAAUCCAAGGUAUAGACAAACUAAAGCCAAAUCAAAUGGGCAAAACAGCUCGGGUUGUGAUGUGUGGCUUAAGAAAAGUUGGAAAAACAGCAGUACUUGAACAACUAAUUUAUGGAAACAUUUCAAAAUCCACUGAGUUGCAUUCAACAAUAGAAGACAUAUAUGUAGCCAAUAUUGAAACAGAUCGUGGUACAAGAGAAAAGGUCCGGUUCUAUGAUAUAUGUGGCUUAGAUCAACCACUUCCAAACAGUCCAGCAUCACGAGAUCAACCGCAGUUGCCACGACAGUAUUUUGGACUUGCAGAUGGCUAUGUUUUAGUCUAUGAUACUGACAGACCAGAGUCUCUUGAUGCCCUGAUUGCAUUAAAAAAGGAUAUAGACAGGAACAGAGAAAAGAAAGAGAUGGUGCUAGUAGUUAUUGGAAAUAGAAUUAAACAGUCAGAAGUUGGCAAUCUAGAGAAUACUGCCAGUAAGGCAGCUCACUGGGCUGCAAGGGAGAAAAUAAAGCAUUUUGAAGUGAAUGCCAUGGAUAGGAGCACUCUGUUUGAACCUUUCGUGUACCUUACAUCAAGACUUUGUGUCACAGGUUUUCAUGCAACAGGAUUGUCUUGA